AUGCCGAAAGUUAGGGAAUUGUCAAUUUACGAAGAAUUUACCAAAGGGAACAUUGAAGCACAGUAUACAGAAGGAGUCUCUAACAAGGAAAUAGCAAGAAGACUGGGAAUUUCUGAAGGCUCCGUACGUUUCAACCUACGAAAACUUCAUCUACGAGGUAGUAUGAGCAACCGUCGUCGAUCAGGUCGACCAAGGCGUACAACGCAGCACGAAGACCGGCUACUCAUCCGGUCUAGGUUAGCGAAUCGGUUUCACACCGCCCGUGAUUUGCGUGCCAAUUUUAAUCAACUCACUGGGAAAAGAUUGAGUUUGAGCACUAUAAAAUCAAGACUAUAUAAGGAUGGUAAUCUUCGCGGCUGUGUUGCUAAAAAGAAACCAAAACUACAACCUCGACACAUCGCAGCGCAGUUUCAAUUUGCCAGACAACACAUCGACUCCGGCGCAGUGGGCUCAAGUUAUCUGGUCGGACGAAUCUAA